GCGCAUAUGUACAUCCGCGUGUGUCAUAUUCUCAAGGUGUGUGCGUAGUACUGUAUGUGUAUAUGCCUGUGUCAUUGUGUAUCCUUGUGCACGCUAUAGAAGCGUAAUGGUGAAAGUCUCGUUUUAAAAAAGGGUAGCGUGGGUCCUUCAUUGCCUGCCGUCGCUUCCUGGUUUCACAGUGAACAUGGCGGCUGUUAGUAAGUAUCUGACAGCCGGUAAUUCCUCCAUCGCAGGUGCAGUGCUGUUCGCCGCGUACAUUAUAAAACAGAGGCUGUCUGCGAAAAAUACAGGAGAGAAUCAGGGAACAAAACCACUGUUUGACAAAAAUAAAGAUGGAAAAACAGACAAGGCUGCAGUGGACAAGGUGUUUUUCAGCCGCAUGCGUCAUAUCAUGAAAAUCCUGGUGCCAGAGACCUUUUGCAAAGAAUCAGGAUAUUUGCUAAUGAUUGCAAUCAUGCUCAUGGCUCGAACCUACUGCGAUGUCUGGGUCAUCCAUAAUGGGACAAUGAUUGAGAGUGCAAUCAUUGGACGGUCGACAAAUGCUUUCAAAAGAUACUUGGUCAACUUUAUCACGGUCAUGCCUUUUAUAUCACUAGUAAAUAACUUAUUAAAGCUGGGACUCAAUGAGCUAAAGCUGUGCUUUAGAGUGAGACUUACAAGUCAACUUUACAACGACUAUUUAACGGGAUUUACAUAUUACCAAAUUGGCAAUCUGGAUAACCGCAUUGCCAACCCUGACCAGCUGAUAACUACAGACGUGGAGAAGUUCUGUAACAGUGUGGUAGAUCUCUAUUCCAACAUCAGCAAGCCUUUACUAGACAUAUUGAUAUACGUCUUUAGGCUGAACACAUCCAUAGGUGCUCUUGGCCCUGCCAGUUUACUGGGCUAUCUGGUUUUGUCCAGUCUGCUCCUGACGAGACUGCGCAGGCCGAUUGGCAAGAUGACGGUGACCGAGCAGCGAUACGAGGGGGAGUACAGAUACAUCAACUCUCGGCUCAUCACUAACAGUGAGGAGAUUGCGUUCUACAAUGGAAGCAGGAGAGAAAAGCAAACCCUUAAUGGAAUCUUUCAGAAACUUGUUGACCACUUGAGUCAAUUCAUACACUUCCGUUUCACAAUGGGUGUCAUGGACAGCAUCAUAGCCAAAUACAUAGCAAUGGCGGUGGGCUAUCUGGCUAUUAGCCGGCCGUUCCUGAACGUCACAAACAAGCGGCAUAUUAACAGCACAUAUUCUGAACGGCUCGAGGAUUAUUACCAGAGCGGACGGAUGUUGAUGAGUUUGGCGCAGGCCCUGGGUAGAAUCGUCCUGGCAGGCAGAGAUAUGACCAGAUUGUCCGGAUUCACUGCACGAAUCACAGAGAUUCAGGAAGUUCUGAAAGAACUGAAUUCGGGCAGAUAUGAGCGGACUAUGGUCUCAGAACGAGCCAAAGACACUACAAUACAAAAUAUCCCUCUAAUACCAGGGAGAGGUGAAGUCAUAAUAGCUGACAACGUUAUAAAGUUUGAACACAUACCUUUAGCCACACCCAAUGGAGACAUACUUAUCCGGGAUUUAUCCUUUGAGGUGUCAUCAGGGACAAAUGUGUUGGUCUGCGGUCCAAAUGGCUGUGGGAAGAGUUCCCUUUUUAGAGUACUUGGAGAGCUGUGGCCACUGUAUGGAGGACGCCUCACGAAACCAGAGAGAGGAAAGCUGUUCUACGUUCCUCAGAGGCCUUACAUGACCCUGGGUUCUCUUAGAGAUCAGGUGAUUUAUCCUGACACACACGAAGACCAAAAGAAGAAAGGAACUUCAGAUCAGGUGCUGAGGGAAUACCUGGACAAUGUCCAGCUAGGACAUAUCCUAGACAGAGAGGGCAGCUGGGAGAGUGUGCAAGACUGGAUGGAUGUCCUCAGUGGAGGAGAGAAGCAGAGGAUGGCUAUGGCCCGUUUGUUCUACCACAAGCCACAGUUUGCCAUUCUGGAUGAGUGCACCAGUGCUGUGAGUGUUGAUGUAGAGGACUUCAUCUACAGCCACUGCCGAAAGGUUGGCAUCACGCUGUUCACAGUCUCCCAUAGGAAAUCACUAUGGAAACACCAUGAGUAUUACUUGCAGAUGGAUGGAAGAGGCAACUAUGAGUUUAAACACAUAACAAAGGACACAGUGGAGUUUGGCUCAUAAUAAUGAAAUAAGGCCUUAUUCGUGAUAACAUUUCUCUGUACAUUCUAUGUAAAAUUAUGCACGUUAGUUGUUAUAUGAAUGUGAUUUAUGUAAGAAUGAUUUUACCAGCGAUUUACACUAGUGUUUCAUGAAUAUGAAAGGCCUAUAUCAGUACUACAUGUUUGGACCUGAAGCAAUAUCAUUCUGCACAAGGCGAGAUUCUUAACUAUAUAAAACAUAAUUGUUCAUAUAUAACUUUUCCUCAUUUGAGGGAAACAAUUGUAACUCGUGUGGAUAAAUUAUCUCUCAGGGAGAGGUUCAUUAUCUAAAAUGAUAUUUGUAAGGAACAUAUUUGGGUUUGAUAUCUUUUUUUUAAGAAUCAAGCAUUUGUAAUGUAAAGGUAGUGUUUUUACUGGUCCUUGAUUUGAAAUAUGGAGACAUGAACUGGAAUAUUGAAAUGAGUGGGGUCACUUAAGUUUUUUUUAAUUAUUCUUUUUUUGUCCAUACUGCUGCAUGCCAUGUGUAGUUAACUACAUGAAAACUGUAUUAUUUAAAUGUAACAAGCUGUCUUUACCUAUUUAUUUCAUGUAAAAGUAAUUUUAUGAGAUAAAUAAGCCUAAAAAAAGACUGUAAACUAAAUAUUUAUAUUAAUAUACUGUAUGUACAUAUGUAGUGCCUUACAAAAGCAGAUCAAUUCUCUAAUUUUACAAAUUUGCAGAAUUA